UGGAAUAUUGCGAAGAAGACGAAGAAAUUCACUUUGAUCCAACGAACCAAGAAGUCAUCAACGAUUAUCUUAAACGGAAGCUAAGAGGUGAAGACUGCGGAGACUUCAUAGUGAUGAAGGAUGUUUAUGCCAUGGAGUCAUGGUUGCCUUCUUUUUUCAAGAAAGACGAGUGGUAUUACUUUUCGACAAGAACUCAGACCUCCGAGACGAAGAUUGAUGGUGGUAAGUACUCGAAGCGGAAGAUCACCGGAGACAACACCGAUGGCAUCGACCGCGAAAAUUAUAGGGUGAAUGGGAAAAAUAUCAUCGAUGAAUACACUUGGGCUAUCAUUGGGAUCAAGAAAAACCUAACAUAUAAAAGCGAAAAUAAGAGUUCACGAGCAACACAUUCUACUAUGAGAACAUAA